AUGGCUUUAGCGUUAUCUCUAGCUCUUCCGUCACCUGCCAGAACGCCAUGGAGCCAUCACCCAUGCGUCGCGAAUCGAGCUGCUGAAAAGUCUCGUUCGUCAUUCACGGCGCCGCUCGUUAAUACUAGAAUCCGCCUCCGCCCGUUAAAUACACGCCCGUGCUUUCGAGUCUCCGCCUCUUCCGCUAACAGCGAUGGUGGUCCUUCCGCGGAAACUUCCUCGGUCCCUUCCGCAUCUCCCACCACGGGUGACUUGAAUGACGUCACGCCGACAUCAGCGGGUCGCGAUACCGAGUCUGGCAAGGACUCGCAGCGGCAAUCAACUGCCACGUCAUCAGUCGGCCGGUCCCGCCGCGUCGCGGACUCGACGGACUGGAUAGCUUCGGCAGUGACGCGUAGGUUCGGCAUCGGCGCGGGGCUGGCGUGGGUGGGGUUCCUGGCGUUCGGCGUGGUGUCGGAGCAGAUUAAGACGCGGCGCGAGGUGUUUCUGGAAGAGAGCAACACGCGGGAUGUGGAGGAUGCGGAGGAGACGGAGCUCCCCAAUGGAGUCCGAUUCACCGAUCUGAGAGUGGGAGGCGGCGCCAUUCCUCAGAAGGGAGACCUGGUGCUCGUCUCCCUUACAGGCCGCGUCUCGUUACCAGCACAAGCCGAAGUUGCUGAUUCAGAAUCUGAAUCAUUAACAUUUAUCGACACCACAGCGCCUGGGGCGCGGGACCUGGUGUUUUCGUUUGGCAUUCGGCCGUUCCCCAGGGGGGUCACAGAGGGGCUGGUGUCGGCAAUGGCAACGAUGCGGGCGGGCUCUGCUGUUAUGGGCCAGCAUGCAUGCAUGUGUGAAGCUGGUGGGGCUGUGCUGGAGUAUGUUGUUGAGCUCAAGCGCGUGUCCAUCCCGCCAUCCUCUGCUGGAGCUCUGCUGGGGCUCUGCUGGGGCUCUGCUGGGGCUCUGCUGGAGCUCUGCUGGGGCUCUGCUGGGGCUCUGCUGGAGCUCUGCUGGGGCUCUGCUGGGGCUCUGCUGGGGCUUUACUGGGGCCCUGCUGGGGAUCUGCUCUCUUGUGUUGCCAGCAAAGCUGUCAACGUGGCAUGGCAGCUUCAUGUCAUGAGCAAGGCAUGCAAUCCAUCCAAUGCGUGUGUUGGGCUCAGAAGAAGCCUGCAUGUGUGA